AUGUCGGCGCCGCCCGGCAACGUUGACGAAUCCCUGUCAUCACCGACACGGCCGCCACCGUCCUCCCCGUUGCACCUGCUUGAGUUGACCGUGAUCUCGGCGCAGGACCUGCACCAGCGGCGGCUGGCGCGCCGCGUGCGCGCGUACGCCGUGGCGUGGGCGGACGCGACGCACAAGCUGCGCACGGGCGUGGACCACGCGGGCGGCGCCGUCCCCACGUGGAACGACCGGUUCCUGUUCCGCGUCGACGGCGCCUUCCUGCGCUCCGACACGGCGGCGGUGACCGUGGAGGUGCGCGGCACGGGCGGGCUGGGCGCGGACCCCGUCCUGGGCGUCACGCGCAUCGUGGUGAGCACGUUCGUUCGCCCCGGUGGCAGCGUUCACGGCCCGCAGGUGGCGGCGCUACAGCUCCGGCGGCCGCGUUCGCUCCGCCCGCAGGGAAUCGUCAAUGUGGCCGUCGCGCUGCUGGACGCCUCCCGUGCGCCGCCGCUCUACGGCGUGCCUGGCUCGCCCGACGCCGUCGCCGUCAAGGACCUCGCGAUGAAGCGCCCGGCGGCGUCGCUGUGCAAGGUCGGCGAGGUCAGCGAGGAACCGGGUGUGGACGACGGCCGCCAGCAGGCGCGAAGCAACCCGGAGUUGGUCGGUCAGUCCGGGCACCUGGACCCCAGGGGCGCCGCCGUGGAGCAGAGGAAGCUUGAGCUGACGCUGGAGAGGUGGAAGGCGGAGCUGUGGCCUGGCCUCAAGGAAGGUCGGCGCAGUGGCAGGCGGAGGCGGCGCCGGGCGGCGUCCUGCUUCCGGGGCAGCGGCGACUGGGACAGGUAA